AUGUGGGACAAGCUCAUAGAACUACUCGAAGGGACCAACGAUGCAAAAGAUGCAGGGGAAAGGUGUGAUCUUAACAAGGACAAAGCGGAGAUUCUCAAACCUUCUUCCUCUUCCCCUUCUAUUUUGCCGCAGCUUCCCCCUCAAGGAUUUGAAGCUCCGGAGAGGCCUGAGAGAUUCCAGGCACCUACUGUUCCGAUUUCCUGCCCGCCGAAGAACGAGGAAGACUGUCGUCCAUCCCCGACCAUUCAGUCCAUUAAGCGUUGCUUGAUCUGCAGGAAAAGGGUGGGCUUGACCGGCUUCCAGUGCCGCUGCGGCGAUCUCUUCUGCAAACUUCACCGGUACUCCAAUUCCCAUGACUGCUCAUUCGAUUACAAGGCGGUUGGAAGAGAACAAAUCGCCAAGGCCAAUCCUCUCAUAAGAGCUGCGAAGAUCAUUAAAAUAUGA